AUAAAAACCGGGGAGCAAAAAAAACACGACCGUUCGCUUUGAAAGCUAAUAGACGUAGACGUAUUAUAACAUGUUAUACAUAUAUGCUAUAUAAAUGGGUUUUGCGUAUGUAGUAACGAUACAGUUGGUUCCCUGAUUGGGUCGGGAGAUAUUAUAUUAUAACAUAUAACGUAACAUUAUAACGUAUUAUAACAUGUUAUACAUAUAUGCUAUAUAAAUGGGUUUUGCGUAUGUAGUAACGAUACAGUUGGUUCCCUGAUUGGGUCGGGAGAUAUAGCUUUCGUGGAUAGGUUGUUUUUCAACAUUCCCAGGAAUUGUUCAUCUUCUUUUGGAGCCCAUGUGUUUAAUUCGUUUAAUCUGUUCGUAUUUUUUAAAAUAUUUGAUGCUAUUCCAGAUGGAUGGGCUUUUUGAUCUUUUUUUGUUUCUUAUGAAAUUUUGAAGAGUCUUUUCAGCUGCUAAUGACUUUCGGGCAUCUUCAUACCUUUGGUACAAUAAAAUUUCUGCCUCGCUGCGUUUCGAAGUCGGAGUAACUUUUCUGCUUCUAAACACCACAAUUUUUUUUUUUGGUUCGUAUUUGUUUGGUCCUGUGAUUUUAAUUUUGUCUGCCCUGGUUAUGUAGUCCAAAGAUUGUUAAAUGGAGUCUAAGCUUGAAAAAUUUACACUUUCGAAGGCAGAUGUCACUCUAUUGUGGAGUGUUUUGUAUUGUGACAUUAGUAUUUAUCUUAUUAAUUAUAACUUCAAUCGGGAAGUGAUUGCUGUUAGAAAUUUUCGACUUGGAGGAGCUCCACGAAAUGUUAAAGUUGAUUCUGUUUCAGAAAGUUUGAUCUAGAACCGAAUGUUGGUCUGGACUGAGAGAAAAGGUUAAGAUUAAGGUAAAGGUUAUAUUAAGACAUAUAAUGAUGAUAUUGAUUUUGAAUUGAAGUCCCCUCCAAUUAUGCUAGGGCUGGGUAAGUUAGCGGCAUAAUUAAUAAGGUCUCUGAGACCAUGCUUGAAGUGUUCUAUUGUAGUGGUUGGUGGAAUAUAUAGGCUAAAUAUGUUGCAAUUAUUCUUAGGGUUCCGAGUUUGGAUUCCUAUGUUUUCUAUCCUAUCAACAGACAGACUAUGAACAGGAUUCUAAAUUGGAUGCUGUUUUUGAUAUAUAAGCCAACGCCACCGUAGCCAUCCUCUCUUGGUUUUCCAAAAAAAUUUUUAUCUGUAAAGCUGCAGUCUGUGUUGCCUUUGACCCAGAUUUCAGAUAGGAUGGCUAUGUCAAUAUUGUUAUUCACUAGGUUCAUGUUUAAGAGCUGUUUAUUGUUUAGUUUAUUCAAACAUUGAAUGUUUACUUGCAAAAUGUUGUUUGGCUUGGUUGAUUAAAUAGGUUAAUGGCGUUAGAAAUUUGCUGAGCGUCCAGGUCGGCGUUGGUAUUAUUGAUUAUAUCCCUUAAUAACUCUAAAAAAUUUCCUGUGUUGUUAUUUCUUUCCGUUAUAAAUUCUGUUAUUUUUUUCAUAGGCUACGUUGAAGUGAUUCUGAGUAUGAUUUCUUUGUGUAUUUGGUUCUUUUGCUACUUUGGCGUAAGAGUUAAGGCUGUGAAUACUCUUGGCCGAUUCGAUUGAGUUAUUGAGAGUGUUAUUAGUUUGCUAAUAAUGCCAGGAUGGCGAGGGGUAUGAAUGUUGGUCUUGAAAAGCCGGGGCUUCUCUUUGAAACAAAAAAGGGUACCUUGCGCGGACCUCCUGAAUUUUCCAAAGUUUUUGCUUUUUGAUUGGUAUAUGCUUUUUUCUUAGCCGGGCAAAAGUGAUUAGCGGCCACAUGUUUACCCUUGCAGUUUGCGCACUCUGUGCUGUUGCAUACCACCUCUUUGCUAAGAUCUACUCCGCGCUUGAAGCACCGCGCUUGAAGCACUGCAAGAAGUGUACGAACGGUUGAACCGCCACCUUUAAAUAUAGAAAUUUGAUUUCCUUGGGUAGUUCCUGCCUAUAGAAAAUGAAUUUAACCCUGCCUGUUAGUGCUAGUUUCAUGUUAUUGUUUUUAUCUUUUUUCAAUAUCGUUUUAACUGAUGCUAUUGGAGAUUCAGAUUCUAUUUGCUUUUGAAGAUCUCAUUCGCUAUAUGGGUUGGUAUAUUGAAUAUAAUGAUAAUGAUUAUAUAAUAAUAAUGAAUGUAUAUUAUUAUGAUUCUUUAUUAUCUUUGUUUAUGACCUUUUGGUUCACUGGAUUUUUACCUUUGACUUCAGCCUCUUUGCUCCUGGGAGCCAUGGAAGACGUCGAUGUCGACGGUUGGAGACUUCGCAUUUUUAGCUAUUGCCGCUUGGCGGUAAACUUCUUUUUUUCCGGGUGUGGAUCAUACUUUUCCUUUUUUAAUAUUUUAUCUCGAUUCCCUCUUCUUUCUUCCGCUUUUAGGGUGCUAUUUGUUUUUCCUUAUUCGCCUUUUCUCUUUCGAUGUACGCCAAAUUUUGGUGGGUUAACUAAUCCGCGAAAUUUUUUUUUGUCCGCUUUUUCGUUUAUUUCUCACUUUUCACGAAGAAUUGGCGAGCUUGCGAAUUCCAAGACUUUGGUCUAUCUUUCUCUCAAUUCCCUAUUCUUUCUUUCUUUGAUGCUUGAUUUUGGCGCGCUUCCUAUUCUAUGCUGCUUUAAAGCCAAUUGCAGUACUUUCCGCAAUUAAGUGAAUUACCAUAAACGAAACUUCCUUAAGGCUAACGGCUCUUAGCAAUUAGGCAAAAAAUGCCUUGAGGCACGAAAAAUAUCAAUAUAUUUUGAAUUAAAAUUUCGGUUUUAGGUUUGUCGCUUGGGAGCCCUAAGCUCCUACUCCUCUAGGAAACUUUCGCUUCUUGGGAACUAGACCAAACGGGUCCGGGUUUAUGCACGUGCAUACAUACAUAAAUUUGAGGUUUUUUUUUUGUUUAAGUUUAGUGAAAAAAAUGAUGAAAAAAUGUCAGAAAAUACAGAAACGCUGGGACAAACACGAAAUGUGCUUAUGGUGCUAUUAUUGUUACCGCAACUGUAUGUGUUCGUUACCACUGGUUACAAUAAUCUAUAAUCUGUGCUUAUGAACAGUGUGUUUGUUCAAUAAAGACAAAAACAAUAAGUGUGCUAUUCUGGAACUGUUCAAACAUCAGUAUUUUACUCAAAUAAGAAAUAAUAUAUUUUAAAUAUUAUACUUGAGAACGCGUUUAAAGAAAAAACAAAAUGUCUAAUGCCAAUCGUAAAGAAAUAACUGGUCUUAAUCGCAUGACACCCAAGGGCCUAAAAGAACUAUGCAAGAAAGACAAGCUGUAUCAGACACCACGAUUAAAUGAUGUACUAUAUUUGCACUAUCAGGGUUUUCAGUGCAUAGAAAGCUUGGAAGAGUAUACAGAGCUUAAGUGUUUGUGGUUAGAAUGCAAUGCCAUUUCCGAAAUUCAGGGCUUAGAGAAACUAAGCAAACUGAAGUGUCUCUUUCUCCAAAACAACCUUAUAACGAAAAUUGAAAAUUUAGACCCAUGUCGUGAGCUAGAUACUUUAAAUUUGAGUUCUAAUCAUAUUCGGAAGAUACAAAACAUUGGGACCAAUGUCUUGCCAGUUUUAAAUACUCUUACCAUUGCAUCAAACUAUCUUAAAGACAGUGAGAGCCUUUUAGACUUGAUUCAAUGUAAAACACUAUCGGUGCUAGAUUUAUCAAACAACAGAAUAGACGAUAUUUUGAUUGUAAAAAUAUUUGAGCAGAUGCUUAAUCUGAAGGUCUUGGUUCUGCAAGGAAACCCGGUUGUUUCCCGACUCCCCCAGUAUCGGAAGACAUUGAUACUAGCCUGUAAGGAACUUACUUAUUUGGAUAGUCGUCCUGUGUUUCCUCGCGAUCGAGCAUGUGCUGAGGCUUGGAAGCGUGAUGGCUAUGAAGGAGAGCGCAAGGAAAAUAAUCGUUGGAACCGAGCUGAGCGCAGGAAAACACGCGAAAGCAUUAACUGUACCAUACGUAUGCGCAAUAGUCACCGUCCACCUGAUCAGCAUGUUCCUUUGCUAAGGUCUAGCGAUUCAGAAGACGAUACAUGUGCCGAAACUGCCCGUAAGAAAGUUGAGCUUGAGAACGGUUGUGUCGAGGAUUUAUGGGAGGAGGUGUCGGGUGAACAGCCUAUCUCACAGCACGGUACCAGCUCAUCUAGUUCUCUGGAAGACAAUGAUGGCACCAGCUCUCAGGACGAUCUUAUAGCAGAGAAAUUGAGUAAUCGUAGAACACUCGAGGGGCGUCCAGCAGUCCUUUGUGAAACUAAAGUGAGCAACGUAAAGAUUGUCAAUAACGAUAUUAACGUAUUUGGCAAGGUAUCGCAGAUUAUUAUAGAAGAGAAAACCGAUCCGAAAAUAAAGCUUAUAAACGAACCAAGCGAUGUGAAUGAUAAAAGUGCGAUGUAUUGUACUUCCAUACGACCAGUUGUAAUGGAAAACGCUUUUGACGAAGACGCAGAAAUACAAAAUGUGGAAGACAUUGUUUCAUGCCAGAAUAUAAUUAAAUCUAACGAAGAUAUGAACUCUAAAUUCGACUUCAGUUCAAAGCUGAAACAAGGUUUUGAUAAAACUUGUACUGUCCUAAGAAAUGAUGCUCAAUGUAAGGAAUUUGAGGAAGAACUAUACAUCAAAGAAAGUGAAAGCAAGCUUUUAAACGAAAUGUACGAAAUUUUUACAGCUGAUAACGAUGAUAAGCUCAAUGAAACACUCGAUUUAAAUCUAAAUGAGACCACAUAUCCACACCAUGUGCACGACAAUUUUUUUUCCGAGGAAAAAAAAAUUCCUAGGUUUUAUGAAGAAGAUAUCAAGUUCAACCUUUUACCCAAAAGCAAGGACAAAACACUGUUUGAAAAAGACAGUAUCAUUGAAAAUGAAAAGUGCGCUCAUGACUUAGAGGAAAUAGGUCGCCAAAUGGAAGAGGAUCUGGCAGAACUUAGGCAGUCCACUACAAAUUUGAUCGGGAUUUCAAUAGAUGAGACUGCUCGUACAGACAGUGAAACAGAUGAAGAGGAUCUGAUAGAACAGCAGGACCCACACUCUCCACUUCUCAAGCAGCAAUUCAAAGACCGGCGUAUGAAAAUUAUGCUAACAGAAGAAACCAAAGCACAAGAGGAAUCACUAAGUGACAUAAAGUUUGCUUUCUCAAAGGAAUCUGACAAGCAAGACCAAUUAUUUGCCAAAAUAUUGGAUGAUGCAACAGAAAAUAUACCGAAGCGCAUCUUUGGUACUGGGUGUGAUGCACUUAGUUCCAUUUGGCAUCAAGAAGAGUGCUUGAUUCAAUUGACUCUACCCGAAAACAAAGAAACUCCUGCUCAAGAAGACAUCUUCAAGAAAUCUAUAACAAAUAGUACAUGUUUCGAGAAGGCGAAUGAAAUUUGCGUUCGUAUGGAUAAAAAAAUGGCCGAGGAAGAGGAAGCUUUAGGUAAGCUGUUGCAUGACCUUGAAAAGGAGACCAACAACGUGUAUGAUAUAAGCACGAAGGUGAAGUAUGAAGAAAACACUUUCAGUAAUGAGAGUGACGCUGUUAGUAUUUGUACAUCCUUGCUAGACGAUAUUAUAGUUCAGCUUACGUUUAACGAGUUAGUGUGUCAUGAGAAACCCAAAAGUUUCAAAUUCGGUCCUAUCGAAUCUGACGAGGAGUUCAGUUACUCAUUUGAACCGAAAUUGGAAAAGUUGGUCCCCCCUGCACUAGAGGAUCCGGCGCGAGGAAAAAGCCUUCGAGAAUGUUUGGACACAUUUUCUGACUUUGUCUCUUCCAUGGUAGAUCCAAAGCUGCCCUUGAUGCUGGGCCGUAACCCCACAUCGGGUGUGGAGAAAAUCCAUGCCGCUCAAGAGUUGCUAAAGUCUAAAAAUCUUGCGGAGCUAUACGCGGAUACGGCAGAAAGCUUAAACUCCCAGGUAGCCAAAGAAUUUGAGAAGCGCAAACGGCGCGUGGCAGCAUCUGCUACGCGUUGUUUCAAUCAAAGAGAUAAAUAUGAGGAUACCUUGGAAUUGGUCGAAAAUCGGUUGAUGAUUGUCAAGAAAGAUUCCGGGGAUCUGGAAGAACUACCACCACCACCCGCCCUAAUAAGUGACACAGAGUCCGAAGACGACGACACAACUGAGAAUGAUUAUACACCUGGCAAUUCGGUUCAAAGACUUGGUACCAAAACACAGGACUCGAAAGAUCAUGUAAUGAGUAAUUUGUUGAAGCAAAAGCAGGGCGAUAUUAUAGAAGGUACAAAAAAUGACCAAGCUGAAGACGAAUUUUAUUCGUUGGAAGCUAUGACAACCUUCUGCAACCUAGACGCGGAAUUUUUUCAGAAACUGGAUCUUCAGAAAGUUAACGCUUCCGAAGACUCAGAACCGGCCAUCAAUUGCAUGCGAAGUUAUAAUGAACUUCAAGCUUACAUGAAAUCCGGAUCAUUGAACACCCAGCUGAAUAGUGAGGAAGCUGAGAUGUUGCAGACUAUGUGUUCCAGGGUUGCCUUGCAUGUAGGCAAGCCAAAGUCACACAAUUCAAAAGAAGAAGAGGAGAAUGACCUUCUUAAAAAAAUGGUUCUUCGCAUGAAAGAGUACGAGGAUCGCGAGCAUCAGCUUCAGCUAGUAUCGCACGAAACCUCUAGUGAGUUAGGUCCCAUUAAGCUAUCCAUAGGUGGGUCUAAGCUUUUCGAGCAAAAUAUUAAAAUUACAAAUUCUGUCCUUGCACAUUCAGAAAAUGAACCAACUAGAAACAACAAAUUUAUUAAUAACAAGAACACAAACAAUGAAGAGAGCUCAGAUAUAAUUGAAAAAAAUAGCGAUCCAAGUGUCAAGACCUCAAACAAAAGUAUAGACGACGAUAUACAAUCCGAUGUUUCAACUGACUACGAAUCUGGCGAAGAAGUAGUUGUUGUAGAGCCACCUAAUCUUUCCGACGCAGUUCUCAAAUCGUUCUACUCUGAAGAAUUUGAAGCGGACUCAAAAAUGGUCCAUGAGCUUGAAGAAGCUACUCGGAGUAAUCUCUGCCGCUAUAAUCCAAAUAUAAUGCAUAUUUCAACAAAUAAUAUACUGCCUACUAAAACCUUUACUUCGGAGCUAUCUGAAGGCGCUAAGGCCAAGUGGGCAAAAAUAGCGGAACGACUACACGAAUUUCUUGAUCCGGAGACGAUUGCGAAUCUAAAUGAGGAACCGUUCGGGGAAUGCAAUGAAUGUGAAGAUUGUCACGAUGCUGAUAUUCUUACAGAUAUCACAGUUGAGGAAACAAAAUUAAAAAAAGAUAAAAAAAUAGUAGUUUUGGAAGAAUAUAACAGUACACACAUUUGCGAUGGAAACUCAUGUCCAUCUAAGCAUGAUGACAGCGAUCAAUUUGCAAGCCUCAAAGGAUUUGAAAAAAUUAAAGAAACACCAACACAUAAUAUGGGAUUAAGUAGUGUUAUGAGCGCAUCCCAAAACAGGACUUCAGAAACUUUGCCAAAUGAAAUUGGAAAUAUAAUCACAGAUUGCUCUUCUUUUAAUACUUCGACAACUGAUCUCAUUGGGAUUGAAUACUUUGACGACCCAGCAUUAAUCCAAAUUAAUUCUGACGGUGUAAAAACGGAACAAAUUCAGUGCAAUCUUCAGAUUCUGAGCGAAGAAGGAGACGUUGUGAUCGAAGAGCUCUGUGUCAAUGCUCAGGUAUCUUUUAAGUAAAAGUCGAUCCCUAUUAAUUUGUUAAAAUGUAAUCAUUUUCCAAUUGUUUUUUAUUUAUAAUAAGUAAAUGGACGAAUAUUCAAAAGCGCAAAUAAAAUGUAUUUUAAUUU